GUUCUCUAUAUGACUCAUCACUUGAUUUUAACUUCGUCAAUGUGAAUACUUUGAUGAUUUGUUUUUGGUGAAGUCACUAAAUAAGGUACCAUGAUUAUAGAAACCAUAAACAACUCAAUGAAGACGAUUGGUGACGGUAAUGUUAUUUUCCCUCUCGUUUUCUAACUAUAUAUUGUUUCUAUCAGACAUGAACAAAUAUAGACUAGAGUUUAUCGGUUCUAUAACUUCCGGGCCUAGACCCGAUGAAACCGUACUUUGAUACUUUCAAUGAAAUUUUCCAAUUAGAAUAGGAUAAUCGCCUCGAAGAUACGAACUACUUUUUUCACAGUUUUUUUGUAUUCGGUGACUAGUGCACUCUACGAUAAUACUUUCUUCGAGACUCGAACUAUAUUGCCUUUGCUAGUUGAAUAGAUGCACAACAUAAAACUAUAAGUAUUUGAUACUAAUCCAUUCUCGAGUUAAUCCUUUCUUUUUCUAUAUAUUUAGAAUUGAUGUCUCCUAUUCAUAUAAUAAUAUCAGGUGCAUCUUCCGUUGGAAAAUCAACACUUGUCAAUGAAUGUUUACGAAAAUUUCGUCAAAAUAAAAGACUAAAAAAUCUACACUUUAAACGUAUUCAAGAAGUAGCACGCACUGUAUUAAAUCAAUUAAAAAUUACAGGAACACAUUUAGAAAAUUAUAUUAAACAAAACAAUAUUGAAAAAUUUUCUGAUGUGCAAGAAAAAAUAAUUUGUGAACAAACUCUAUGUUUUGACAAAGAAAAACAUCAUAAUUAUUUAUCAGAUCGAUCUGGUUUUGAUGCAUUAGCAUAUAUUGAUUGUUAUUUUAAAAAUGAACAAAAAUCAAAUUCAAUUUUUCAAAGUGAACUAUUUCAAUUAUUAAUCAAUCAAUGUCAAAAUGGUUUAAUAUAUAUUAUUCAUCCACAAGAAGAUUUACAAGCACAAAAUGAUAAUAUGAGAAUAGUACCAAAUUAUCAAGAACAAAUUAUAUAUACAGAAUCUUUAAAACAUUGGUAUACGAAAGCAAAUUUACCUUAUUUUGUUUUAACUGAUCUUGAUAUAACAAAACGUGUUGAAUUUAUUGAAAAACAUAUUGAUGGUCUUUUUCAUUGGUUAUCACCAGAAAUUCCAAUUCCAUUAUGUUUACCAUUUCAUUUAAAUAAAAAACAACAUCAUGAACAAAAUAAUAUUGCAGUUCGAUCACAUUCAGAUCAAUCUUAUAUACGUUUUAUUGAAAUAUUAGAUAAACAAAAUAUUAAAAUUAGUUAUAAAAAAUACGAUACAAAUCGUCUGGUAGAAAAAUAUGAUCCAUCUUGCUUGAAUAAUAAAUUUGUUUCAAUAUUAUUUGAUGAAAAAUUAGAUAAUACAUUUAUUGAAAAAAUUUUAGUUAAUCAAAUUUUAAUUAAUGGUGAACAAUACCAUUUUAUUGGUUAUAGUAAUAGUCAAUUGAGAGGUCGUUCUUGCUAUUUAUAUGCUGGUUCAAUUGAACAAACAGAACAAAUCAUUAAUGAUAAUGGAGAUUUUAAUAAAAUUAAAAAUUUGAGUAAACGAGCAGCACGUAUUGGAUUAUUAUUUUCAAGUUGUACACCAACAAUUCAUAUUGAACAAGAUCAUGUUAUUCAAAUCGAUGAUAUUGAAAGAAAUGGUUAUACUUUUACUGAUGGGUAA